AUGGCGUCGAACAACAGUAUGGAGGGAUGCGUCUUCUUCUUCCAACGGCACGGCCUAACACUCCGCACCUUACGCGACUCCGAAGACCUCGUUAAAAGUCAAGGUGGUACAGUUACUCAAGACAUUGAAAGCGCGACACAUGUUGUGGCCCUCCCCCGCGACGGAAUCCACAACUGGGAGGUGAUGCCGAGACACAAGCCGCCGUCGUCAAUGGACACUCGGGACAUGGACUUCACCCAGAUUGCCUAUGUGGCGUUUCACACCCCCAAGAAACCCAGAGUCGUGCUGCUAGAGUACAUCCAGGCGUGGUCAGAACAUGGCCGUCAGCCAACAGGCGACAGCGCAGCAUCCUGGAAUAUUCACCGACACGGAACCCAUUGA